GCUAUUGCACUACUCUAGACUUUCAAGUGUCAUAUAUCUAUUACCUACGUCCCUAAUAGUCUAUGACUAUGUUUGAGAUUGUUGACAGUUAUUUUAUUUGAAAUUAAUUUCAGUUUUUAGUUUUUUUCAGGUAUUAUGGAGAAGAGCUUCGACUUUGGGAGGCUGCUGAAGAAUCAUGAGAAGAAACACAAGAGUAAACCAUCACAGUUCGGCAGCGUAGCUGGUGGGGUCCAGAAGCGGCUGGAAAACAACUUGAAAUAUAGAAAGAGCAGCCGUCUGACAGUGUUUGAUAACUUGAGGAACUUGUCCAAAUGUGAGAGUCCAGCCCCAGUGUCCAAUGUGCAAUCCAAGGUGGAACACAGGAGGCAACAGCUGGAGAAAUGGAAGGAGGAAAAGGAGAAAAAGAAAAGAGAGGCUGCUUCACAAAAGAAGAAACCAUUUGUAGCCGGAGUGCCGCAUGCACCACUCAAGUUCGUGCCACCACCUCCUCCUCCAAAACCAAUGCCAAGUACAUCUGGCAGGGUGACACGGUCACAGUCAGCCAGAAAUAGCGUUAAACCAAAAGAAAUUAAGGAGCUGAAGGCUGCAUCACAAUCAUUUGCACCAAAAAAUGCAGCAUUUAAACCACCAGAAAUAAAAAAUUUGACAAAAUUGCCAAAGUUACUUGCUCCAAAGGCUAAAAAAGACAAGAAACAUAAUAUAACAUUUGACCCUUUGCCACCUAACAGUCAAAAGGAGUCCACCAAACAGACUCGAUCUAAAACUGUGAAACAGACUGCAGUCGAGGUGAAACCUGUGCGCAAGCCAACUGAGAGAACCACCAAAGGGAAAGUGGGUAAUCCAAUUGGUAAAACAAAUAAGGUAUCAGUAGCUGUUCAGCAACAGAGCACUUCAUCAACAAAUGAAUCAGAUUCAAAUCAGGAAUUUUCUCCAAUCCUGACCAGUAAAGUAUUGAGAAAGUCUUUACCAGCACCAAGUUCUCCCCUAGUAGUUACCAAACCUUCUCGGAAGUCUACACCAAAUGUCACACCAAAUAAACCUGUACCGAGGAGUGAGUCUAGUUCUGAAGAACGGCUGCGAUCUCCGAAGUCCUUGGAAGAUAUUCAAAUGACUCCGGAGCAGAUAGCAGAGGAGGCUAAACACAUUAGUCCUUGUGUCACCAUGUCUCGGGGCAAGGAUAACGCGAGGAAGGAGAUGAAGAAGAAGCUGGAUGAAGGGCUUCUGGACGAAGAUGCCAGCCACAUGGAGAGUGUGGACCAUUUCCGGCGCCAGCUGGCCUCUGAAAUCAAGCGUAUGACUGAGAUGUGUGACACUUGGGACAAGAUUUCAGAGCAGACUGUGUUACCAGAGUCUAUUCAGGAGGCAGUGCUGUCGGCAGUGGGCCAGGCGCGUCUGUUGAUGUCGCAGAAGCUGCAGCAGUUCGCGUCACUGGUGGAGCGCUGCGCGCGCCCCGAGCCCGGCACCGCGCUCAUCACUCCCGCAGACCUACACGGCUUCUGGGACAUGGUGUUUAUGCAGGUUGAGAAUGUUGACAUGAGGUUCAAGAAGUUAGAGGAGUUGCGCCACCGCGGCUGGGUGGAGGACCAACCUGUUGAGGUGAAGAAGAAGGUGGUUCGAUCUAACGCAAUUGUGAAGAAAGCAGUGAAGCCCACUGGUGGCCCCAGCAGAUUGAGGGAGAUGAUUGCUGCUGCAAGAAAGGCCAAGAAGGAGCAAGAGGAAGUUGUUCCUGUAACAUUGCAACCGCCUGCAGAGGACAGCAAGACAUUCGAGGCAGGCUUCUUCAGCGUGCGGUCACCAGUUCGAUCCCCAGCACGGACCUCCCACUCGCCUGCACCGCGCACUCCUGCCAGUAAGAACAGCUUGCUUAAAGCUGUGCUCUCCAGUGAAGCUAAGAAGGCCUCUGCUAGCAAGAAUUCCGCCUCUUUUGCGAUGUUGCGCGCUUCAGUAUUUGGCAAGAACGUGGAGUGUGAAGGAAUCGCGUUACUGCCGCAAACUCCAACUCCGUUAACUCCGAUCAAUCUGUACGCGACUCCGGGCCGCAGUAUACUCAAAGGUGCCAACACCAACACAAACAACAAGUCCACUAGGAAGUCCAUCAAAAUGGUGCUGUUCAACCGCUCCGACACCGACAUACAGGACGUGUCCUAUCGCACGCCAGACAGCGAAAUAAAUGAAGACAAACCUCAAGAAUUACAAAUGGACAAUGGUGUUUCAUUUAUGGACUUGGAGAAGGUUGAGAAUAAAGAAAAUUCUAGAAGGAAAUCCAAGCUGGUGAGGCAGGACGCUGAAGACAGGAGUCCUGUGGUGACGAGGAGUCGACGCAAGAGUAUGAACACUACUGUCGAUGAGGAUGUCAUUACUCCACGGAGGUCGUCGCGCAAGAAGGUGCUCCACGAGUCUGAGGAUAACACGGUCGAAGAGAAACCGAAGCGAUCGACCAGAAGACGUAAGAGUGGGGUGCAAGUGCAGAACUGAUGUCAGUAGACAAGGACCAGGACUUUCAAUCGUGGUCAUGUUAUUGUAACCAUAAAACUACUUUAAUAAUGUAUGCAAUUAUUGACUUUAUCACGUUGAGACCUUUAUUCCCUAGAAGUUGCGUGAACAGAGUAUGUUCAUAACGUCGAAUAUUUGAUGAAACAUGACUUAUCACCUUUUAAAGUGAAAUUGCCAUUCAAAUUUUCACUAAUCACUAUCGAAAAUGAAUUCUAAAACUCACUUUGUACAUCAAGUGGUGUUUCUACUUGAGUGUAAGAGUGCACACAAUGCGCAACAAAAUACGCCGGUGAUAGCAUUAUUAUAGGAAUUAUAAUAGUAACUAGUACUAGUAGUAAAUAAAAUACCCGUUGAUUAGCAUAUUGUUAGACGCAGGUGAAGCUCAUACAGAGGCCAAAAUCUAUAUUUUUAUAAUAUUUGUAUUUUAGCUUAUUAUAGAGGUUCCAACGACAAAACAGGGACCUUUCUUCUUAGAAAUCUCAAGAUUUCAAAUAUCUAACUUUCGUUGUAAUAAAACUUGUAUCUUAUUUAGUGGAAUAUGUUGAAAAUGAUCAUGUUCAGUAAUGGCACAUUUUAGAGAAUGUUAGUAUGAACGAGGAAUAUUGUGAUUUUAAUUAAUUUGAUCCAGUUUGUGUAGAUUUAAUUGUUUUUAUUUUUUAUUGGUGAGGUAGUCUCUGAGCAAGUGCCUUUUGAAUUUAAAUCAACAUUUCAGUAGUCUGAGAAAUAGAUUAUAUUUGUGGAUGUGAUAAAUUCUAUGGUUGGAUUUAUUUUAAGUUAACCCUUUAACCGCCAAGAUUCUGAACUUUCAACUUACCUCCAGCGCCACGUCACUUUAGG